GCUGCCUCGCCGCAGGAGCAGCUCCCGGCCGCCAGCGAUGCGGAGCUCCGUGGCCUGGAUGGGGAGAUCGCCGCGCUCUCCGCCAAGGUGCAGGCGCUGCAGCAGAGCUGCCGGCAAAUGGAGGCGGAGCUGAAGGACCUGAACAGCUCCAUGACAACCCCUGAGAUGACCAGAGAGAUCGAGGAGUUGAGGAAGGACUGUGCGAGUUACACGGAGAAACUGGAGAGGAUUAAGUCUGCCACCAACCAUGUGACUCCGGAAGAAAAAGACAAGGUCUGUAGUGAGCAGAAGCUGUACUGCAAGGAGUGGCGAAAGAGGAAGCGAAUGGCGACCGAGCUGCUGGAGGCCAUCCUGGAGGGGUAUCCCAAAAGCAAGAAGCAAUUCUUUGAGGAGGUUGGGAUAGAGACGGACGAGGACCAUAACAUCACACUGCCAGAGGCUGUGUGA